CAAAAUAGCGGCAACUUUUAGCAACAUUCUAUGCUAAUUGAUAAACAUCAACAACAUAAAUACUUAUAAUUUCCCUAAUUUCACCAAAUAAUUUUGCCACCCAAUUUUCUAAAUUCGUACAUUUCAAUUUGCAUCAAACUUUUAUCACAUUUCAUCACAUAAUUAUAUCAUACCCCACCAUAUUCUGUUUCUGGGUACCCCAAAUUUCGUCGGGAUUAUCAAAUUAUUCUCUCUCCUAACUUUCUGCUACUGUUUUUACACUAAAUUCCACCAUUGUUAUUUUACCCACCUCUAAAUUUCAGCACCCUAUACUCUCACUCCAACACCCAUUGAUUGUUGUUGUUUACAGAGGAGAGAGAAAAAAAUGGGUUGUGUAUUUUCAUCGCCAUUGUUGUUGUCGAAGAAGAAGCUUAAGUACAUAACAUCAGGAGUUAGUGGUGAAACAAACGACGUCGUUUCACUCUGUAGAGAGCGAAAACGCCUCGUUAAGAAGGCGUUAAAGCAUAGACAAGUUUUUGCCGACGCUCAUUUUAGGUAUACUCAGUCUCUCUCCUCACUUUCGUCCGCCAUUUCUGUGUUUGUUGCGCGUUAUUCUUCUUCUCCUUCGCAGUUUUUCAUUACUUUUCAUUCUUCCAAUUCUGCCCCUCCUCCUCAAAUUCCUGCAACUUCAGAGGAAGAAGAAGAUGAUGAAGAAGAAGAGGAGGAGGAGAGAGAAUCUGGGGUUUGUGACCAUUUUUAUGAUGAAGUUGAAGGUGGGUUUAGUUCAGUUGAAGAAGAAUGUAAGUGGGAUUUCUUUAAUUUGUUGGAUGAGAAGAAAAUUAAAGAGGAGAGAGAAAUUAAAGGGAAAUUGAAUGAAAUUGGGAAAGAUGAAAAAAUGGUGAAUAAUAAUGGGAGGGAAUUGUUAGAAGCAUUGAAAGAUGUGGAGGAUCAUUUUCUUAGGGCUUGUGAAUCUGGUAUGGAGGUUUCAAGAAUGUUGGAAGUUGAAAAAAUUCCAUCUCAUUCUACUUUUGAGGAUAUUAAAGAUAAUGCUAGUAGGAAACGCUCUGUUUCAUCUCGGUCUUCCUCUUGUAAGAGUUUGCUUUCGUCUAGCUCGAGGAGCACUUCUUCAACAUGGGCAGAGAGUGGAGCUGAUCGCAGGAGUUUACUAUCAUGUAGUUCUGAUACUUCUUCAACAUGGACAGAAAACAAAAGUGAAGCCCUUGAUGGUCACUCGGGAAUGGUAUCUGGCAGCCACUUUUUUACACUAGGAAGACUGUAUGCUUGGGAGAAGAAGCUCUAUCAUGAAGUCAAGGCUGGGCAACAAACUCGUAAGACUUACAAGCAAAAAUGCUCACAGUUACAGCAGAAAGACGUAGACGGAGAUGACUUGUGCCCGUCAAAAGCCUCAUCUGAAGUAACUGAUCUUUACCAUGUGAUGUUGGUUUCUCUGCAACGUGCUGAGUCAAUCUCUAAGCAAAUCGAAAAACUGAGAGAUGAAGAACUCCAACCGCAACUUUUUGAGCUUCUACACGGUUUAUUGAGAACUUGGAAUUCAAUGCUGGAAACCCAUGAUAUUCAGAGAAAAAUUAUGAGAGAAAUCAACUCUUUUAGCUGUCCCGAACAUGGAAAAUUUUGCAGUGACUCUCACCGCCUAGCUACAAUUCAGCUAGAAGCUGUAAUUCAGGACUGGCAUUAUUGCUUCUCAGACUAUGUUUCUGCACAAAAAACAUAUGCAAAAUCUCUCCUUAGUUGGCUAUCAAAAUUCAUUGAUGCUGAAGCCGAAUAUCACUAUACCAGCAGCUUUUCACUCCCACCAAUUCGAUUCAACGGGCCAACUUUGAUAGUCACUUGUCAGCGCUGGUCUACUUCUUUGGAAAGGCUGCCUGAUAAGUCAGUUAAAUAUGCCAUGAAGAGCUUAGCAAAGGAUCUGCAGGCAUUGUCGGUUCAGCAGGGUGCGGAGCAGCAGCAGAGACGGAAGGUUGAUGGGCUUGACAAGGAAAUAAAUAGGAAGAUUCUUACAUUUGGAAAAGCCGAGGAUAAAGCACUUUUGGCUAAAUAUACGGCACACCACAAUGCGGAGGAACAAGUUGAGUCUCUAGUUGAGAAGAAGCAGCUGCUGCAAAUGUUCAAGGAACAGGUUGAAAUGGAGAGAGAAAGAUACUUCAGUACAGUGCAGGAGACGGAACGUAUGACAAUGGAGAGACUUCAGAUGGGAUUUUCCUCAGUUUUUGAGUCACUAGUAGAUUUUGCUAGAGCUUCUACUAAAGUUUAUGCUGAUCUUGUUACAUUCUCUCAGAAUGCAAAGGUUUAAGAAGGGAAGAUGUGCUGAUAAGUUCACUUAGAUUACAUUCCGUUGUAAGUAUCCAAGAUACUCCAGGUAUAGAUGUCGUUUGUGUGCUUUCUUGAGAUAAUUUUGUAGAUAGAUAGAUAACUAGGAUUGCUGGGAUUUAUGUUUAAUGUAAGACUAAGUAUUUCUUCCGAGGAAAAUAAGCAAAGUAAAUAACAGAACUUGGUUAGACAAA